GCAUGGGAUAAGAGUGUAAGUCUCUCGACGAAGCUUUUCACGUCGCGAUAGCGACGGUCAUCGUCAUCUUCGACGUUAGUAGGAUCUUCGAAGAACGAAGAACGCAGUUUUACAUCUCGUCUUGUGGUACUUUAAAAGAAACGAAAGGGUUAUCAUCAUCAUCAUCAUCAUCAUCAUCUAUAGCGCGUGCGAGAAGAGAUCUACGAGAAGCGGAGGGGGAAGGAUUUUACUUUGAUUUCUCGUCGUUGAGCUUUAGUUGUUGGGAACGACACGAAAAUAGAGCAACCAGUGAGAAUCUGUACGCGAGUGAAACGGAAAUCGUCUUGUGAAAAGAGAAGAGAAAAAAAGUUUUCACCUUCGUGAAAACUCGGUGUUCGUUUAGAUUCGAAUUCGAGAAAUGCCGUUCGCAAUUUAACCACAGCACGACGUUACACCGUCGCUCGAAAUUUGGAGCACGCUGAGGUGGAGGAUGGAGGAGUUGGAGACGCUGGAGAGUACGGAGUGCCCGGAAUGUCCCGGGCCACCCCCUGAGUUCCGGUUGCCACCACCCCCUCGACCACCUUUCCUCACCGAGGGUACCUUCUGUUCGGAGGCACCCCUAGCUGAGCUCGAAGACUGUGUUGCCAUUCCGAUGAUCGACGCGUCUUACCAUACGAAUCCGUCGCUACAAAGCACUGCCUUGAUUAUUACGUGCGCGGUGGUCCUUCUUCUGAUGGCAGCUAUCGUCUCUGUUGUUUUUUGGAAGCACAAACGAAAAGUGCAGAAUCUAUUGCCGUGCAAGAGUGCAGCGGGUGCAGCAGCAGCCGCAGCCGCAGGCCGGACGCGGGUCCUUCCGGACUGCCAAUCUCACGGUGGUUCGGGCAACACCAGCGCCGCCGUUCUCUACGAGGAUUUGCCGGACACGAUGACGCACUCCCAGCUGCACAAUCACUUGCCGAGUCACCAUCCCAUCGGUCAAGCGCCGACGAUCGAGGUACGAGGUACAAAUCCCCGAGAGCGGGAACACCUACGGGAGCGACAACCGCAGGCCACAUUGCGCGCGCCUGCGCCCCAUCACCUCGACUAUCUCGACUACCGGGACCCAAGGGCAAUACUUCGCGUCACGGAGAAGCCCUCCAGAGCGGUCUUAGGUGGUUACCGUACGCCACGAGCAUUACUCGCCAAAUCUCAGGAAGUUUCGCUUUCCAUCGCGACACACGCGCCGCGUACAAUUUCCACUCUUACGAAUAACACUAACGUUUGUCAGACCCAAAGCAAUAACAACGCGUUGCUGAAUAGUCAUCUUCUCCUAGCUACUCAAAACGCUUUGAUCACCAGUCAACAACCCUUAUCAGCUAGCCCAACCUCACCAUCAUCCUCUCCCAAUAUGACAAAUCCUAACGAUGAAAACGAUCGAACCACUAUCACCACCAACAACAGUAGUAGCAACAACGAAUCUAGCUGUUUUCCUUCUGCACGUCCUCGACUUCCUAACAAGCAACAACCCAUCACACCUACCCAUCGAUCAAAACCCCAAACGAAUCCUCCCAACAGUAAGAAUAGUAGUCCUACUUUCUAUCGAACAGACCCAAGAACGAUAUCUCCUUCGGAAGACCAAGAAUAUCCUAUCAGAAGACACUCCGUUGACUCCGAAGGUUACUCGUACAUCGAUUUUAAGGACACCGAUCUCGAGUCCUUAAGAUCACCACCACCACCUCCUCCUCCACCCAUUGCUACGACAUCCUCGAAAACGACUCUUAGGUUCCCCUCGUCUUCCUCAGCAACCUCCUCGAAUCUCCUUGACUCCGAAGGAUACGCGUAUAUCCUUGACUCCUGGUACAACAGAAAGGCACCUGGAACGGCGAGGCGUAUCAUUGCCGAUGGCACUGAGGAGGAGAUGUGUCCGCUCUGUACGAUGCAGCAGAUACAUCAACUCCUCACUAGACCAGAGGAAAUUUACCUGAACGUUCAAGACACGUGACAUACGUCGUCCUAUACAAAAAGUAUCCUCAUAUAGAGAGAUAUAAAAACAGAAAGAGAGAAAAAAGAAAGAGAGAAAGAGAGAGAGAGAAAGAGAGAGCUUCAUGGCGUGUUCUUGCUCACCAUGUUGUACGUAAAACUCGCACGCACGAACGCUAACGCGAAACUAUAAUUUUCUACACGAAGUCACAAGUGGACACGAAAAGAUAUGAUUCACAUAUCCCUCGAUAUAGCACGAGAAAACACGAGGAUCCUCGUUCCUGGGUCGAAAGGAGAUUUUCCUUUUUUUCUUUCUUUUUUCUUUUUUUCUUUUCUUUCUUUCUUUUUUCUUCCUUUUUUUCACCUUUUUCCACUUUUUCGAUUUCUCGACCCAAAACGACGCGUUUCCCUACUUUUCUCGUCCUCCUUAAGAUAGAACGAACAGAUUCUAUCCUGAGCUCUUAGAUAGAUAGUCUCUAGUGUCUUUCGGGAUUCAGCGAGCGGAAACUUCCGAAGGAACUCCGAUUAAAACUCUCCUAGGUCUUAUCGUUUUCUACUUCUGAUCGUAAGCUCGACAACCAUGGUUUGCAUUUUCUCGGAUUUUUUUUCUUCUUUUUGUUUUUGUGUUUUUGUUGUUUUUUUGUUUUUUCUUCGUUAAUUUCUACGAGGUUCUAUAAGAAUGAAAAGAAAAAGGGUCCGAUGAAACGUAAACGUAUUUUUUCCUUUUUUUCUUUCUCGAAGAAUCGUUCGGCGAAUCGUUUUCUUUUUCUUUUUUCUUUAUAAUAUCAAAAAGUAAUUUCGAGGUGCAUCUUUUGGACGAUACUUUGUAGUUUUUAAUUUCUUUUUUCGAUGUUAUCGAGCAUUAUCUAUAUACUUUAUGUUUCUUCCUUUUCUCUUUAUAUCGUCGACGAUAUAAUGAUACUAAGGCGGACUAGUCAGUAUUUAUUUUGUUACUUGUGCCGUGCUUGCACAAUCUCACUUAAAAACGAUAUGGACGAUUAUAAAAAAAAUAUAGAAAGAGAGAGAGAAAGAGAGAGAGAAAGAGAGAGAGAGAGAGAGAGAGAAAGAGAGAAGAUAAGAUGUAAUUGAAAAGUUCGAAGAUUCGUUUAGCAUUGGGCGAGAGGGGCCUUAUUGCUGGUUGUGUGGGCACGGUAAAAAAAAAAUAAUAAUAAGAAAAGGAAAAAAAGGAAACUGAAACACUUUUUGUGACUGUAAAUAGAGAUAGAGAAGCAACUCGCCAAUUGUAAAUAGUAUACGCAGAUGUGUAGAGUAAAACGAAGUAUAAUGAAAAGAAAGAAAGAAGAUAUAUAUAGACGGACGAUUAAGAUAAUCGAACGAUCCGUGAACUGAGGAAAAUUUAAUUAUGAAUAGACUAUGAAUCUUUCUUUUGUUUUUUUUUCUCCAUUUUUUAUUUUAUUGCGAAUUAAUCGAUAUUAUUACUGUUAAUUAUCGUCGCACAUCGUCAUCGUCGUCUCUCAUUGUCAUUAUUAUAAUUAUUAUUUAUUAUUAUCAUUGGAUAUCUAAUUAGGUGGACGAUACAAUUUCGGUUCGGUGUUGUAUCUCAUUAUCGUGAUAUGUAAAAAUGAAUGAAACGAAUUAUGGUAAGAUUGAAAGAGCGAAAGAAAGAGCGAGAGAGAGAGAGAGAGAGAGAGAGAGAGAGCGAGCGUUCUUUUUUAUUUUAUCAACUGCUUCUUACACUUGCACCGAUAGCGCAGAAAGAAAAACGAUAAAUCUCAGCUCACAUUCAAAAUUGGAAAGCUCGAUCGAAUAUCUAAGUUAAACGGCACUAUAGUUACAAGUAUGAGAAGCAACGAAAGAAUAUAGAGAUGCAAAUAGCAACGGAUUUACGAACAAAAAAAAAAACGAAACAAAAAACCAGCUCUGUGUAUACUAAACUAUAAAGAAAGAAGAGAGGAGAUAACAUGAUAAAGGAAAAAAUAAAGUCACUUUGCUGAAAAA